GUCUAAUUAGGGAGAGAAGCGUGCGCACACAUGAAUACUGGGUAUUUCUCAAUCUGCACACACACCCUGGUGGAAAGGAACUAGUUAUGUGCUUUCAGUUUCAGUAGGUCUGCAUGGUAGGAGAGAAACGCCAUGGCUGAUGCCACCCUGAGGUCAAAGAGGACAAAAUUUAUCAAUUCAGUGGAUGGAGGGAUAAUAAAUGGUUUGCUGGAUGAACUUUUAGAGAAGAGAGUGCUGAAUGAGGAAGAGAUGGAGAGAAUAAAAGCUGAAAAUGCCACUGUUAAGGACAAGGCAAGACACCUGUGUGACUCCGUCACUCAAAAAGGGCCUGAGGCAAGCCAAAUCUUGAUCACUUACAUUUGUAAAGAAGCCUGCUUUGUGGCAAAAAAGAUGGAGCUUGAAUCAGGUCCACCAGCUGAAAAUGUUGCUACUAAAGAAGAUUUCAAGGGAAGAAGUCUUUUCUCCUCAGAAACAAAGCAGACGCAGAACAAAGAAGAUGGCGCAUGCCCAGGACCAAGUGGGAGCCUCAAGAUUUGUCCCUUAGAAACAGCCCAAAAGAUUUGGAAUGAAAAUCCUUCAGAGAUUUAUACAAUAAUGGAUAAAUCCACUCGUACACGUCUUGCCCUCAUUAUCUGCAACACAGUGUUUGAACAUCUUCCUAGACGGGAUGGAGCCGAUGUUGACCUCAGAGAAAUGAAGUUGCUGCUGCAGAAUCUGGGAUAUACUGUGAGAGUGAAAGAAAACCUCACAGCUGCGGAGAUGAAGGAAGAGGUGAAAGAGUUUGCUGCCCAGCCCGAACACAAGACUUCUGACAGUGCUUUCCUUGUUUUCAUGUCUCAUGGAAUACUGGAGGGAGUAUGUGGGAAAACACACUCUGAUGAAGCUGCAGAUGUUUUCAAAGUUGGCACAAUCUUUGAAAUGAUGAACACUUUGAACUGCCCAAGCUUGAAAGACAAGCCUAAGGUUAUCAUCAUUCAGGCCUGCCGGGGAGAGAGAAAAGGAGUGGUGUUCGUAAAAGAUUCAGCAGGUAAAUCUGAAAAGGAGCUCUCAACGGAUGCAAAUUUUGAAGAUGACGGCAUUAAGAAGGCCCAUAUAGAGAAGGAUUUUAUUGCUUUCUGCUCUUCAACACCAGAUAAUGUCUCUUGGAGACAUCCUGUCCGAGGCUCUGUUUUCAUUGAGAAACUCAUCAAACUUAUGAAAGAGUAUGCCUGGUCUUGUGACUUGGAGGACAUAUUCAGAAAGGUUCGAUUCUCAUUUGAGCAGCCGGAUUCGAUGGUCCAGAUGCCCACCAGUGAAAGAGUGACCUUGACAAAACGUUUCUACCUCUUCCCAGGACAUUAAAUAAGAAUCCAGGAGACCCAUCCUUCUGUACCUGUUUUGGGAAUCAUCUCAAUUAGAAGCUAAUAUGUCUCUAAAUGAUUCAAUAUGUCUAAAAAAAAAAAAAAAAGGGAAAGGUUAUCCUCUUAUUUGUUUCUGUUGUUGACAUGAAGUUUCCCUUUAUUUAAUUUGAUGUUCAGAACACAAUAGAAAGUUCUUUUGUUAUUGAAUUUAUCCAUUCAGAAUUUUACACAUGUAUAAAGUACAUUCUAAUUCCUAUAACCUCACAUUCUCUAUGGUAAUCCUCUAUCCUUAUAAUUACUCUCUUCUUUAAAAUUCCCUUUCAAAUACUGAUAUAUCUUCUGUCUUUGAGACCCAUUAAGUUUUUCUAGAAUCAUCACUGUAACCAUAGGAGAGGAUUGUCCACUGAAACCUAAUAGAUGUCUUUGUGGAAACACAUCUGUCUCUCAGUAGCCAGAGUGUCAGGAGAGUUCUUAGAAUUGACUCUUAAAUGCUGAACUGGCUGGAAACCAUUAUUUUUUUUAUGAUAGCAUUUGCUUGUCUUUUUCUAUAGACAUAUAAAAUUGAUGCAAUCACCACAGGUGCCUGAAUUCUGAGAAUUUAGAGCUCAGCAGAAGAGAUGUAGAAAAUAUAACGGGGACAGUCAUAGCCAAAAUAAUAAAUGUCAUCUCAAAAUGGAGUACUUACUUAUGAAUAUGGAAGCUUUGACCAGAACCCAGAGAUUUCUAUGUGCUAUUAUGUUUCAUGGAGUCAAAGAAAAUAUUGACUUAGUUCAAAUACCUUAAAAUUCUACAUUCCGAUUGAGAAUAUAAAACAGUCAAUGCCCCAAACAAGCAGGAAACAAUUAUCACACACAAAUAAUACUGAACAGAUGGUUAGUAGUGACAUCACUUUAACCGUUCGCUCAGCAGUGUUUAAGCUCAGGAAGAGCUGAAAGACGGACACUUCCGCUUUCAAGUUUCUAAUCCGUUCUGUUUAGUCUGACAUUUCCUAAAGCCUCAAAGUUGAACGCACCACAGCCCUUGUCUUUUUCCCCUGUCUCUAGCAGUAUAUUUCCCUGAUAUACUGCUUUUCUGAUAUUGUGAUAUUCUGAUAGUAUUCUGAUAUGCAUUCAUUCUCCUGCGGCCUGAAAUGGCCUCGAGGAACACUCCUUGUUCAAAGAAUACCAAGCAGUAGUGCUGACCAGUCAACUCAGCAACACUUUCAACAGAAAAGCCAUUUUGUCUUGCACAGUUAAUGAAAUGCGUUCAGGGAGGACAAAAGAGUUGGUCUGAGCUGUCUAAUAAAAGACUACAGCAAAUAGAAAGGAUAUACCACUGUGUUGAACACAUUUAAAUAGGAAACAAGGCAACUGGUUAAUUCUCCACUAGAAACGAGGCUGUUAAAUUUCACUGACAGAUGAUCGAUGCUUUAGAAAGCAUAGGUAGAGAUAUUGAGAAGCGAGAGGAGAAAGAAUGAGCAAUCAGCACUGGCUGUUACCAUAGCCUUGAAGAAUGGAGAUAAUGCAAAGUGAAAACCCUUUAGAACAUGAAGCCUGCAGAAUCAUAUUUUAUUUCUAUUUUUGCUGCUGUUGUGGUUUGGUUUGGUUGUUUAGAAAGUUUAAUUUUUUUUUCUAAGAAAAGACUAGAUUUCAGGAAAAGGAAGGCAGUUUUAUGGGUUACAGGGGACUUCCCCAAAGGGUUGAGACUUUUUGAGCAGCCUUUUCAUAACCUUAUUGGAAGUCCCCGCCUCCCUAUACUAAGGAAAUGCCAAACAACUUCCCUUUUCCUGUAUGGUGCUCUCUGCACUGUGGGAAAGAACUGAGGGUGUCUCUCAUGGCUGGUGAGUAUGGGUGUACUUCCUAAAUAAGGAUUGGGAACUGAGUUCUAGAAUGUAGUAUAUCCAUAGCUGUGAGGCAGGCAAAAAUUAAAAAAAAAAAAAAAAUAGGGGAGAGGGGAGAAAGAAGAGAGGGACAGAGCAGUGAUGUAGAAACCAGGUAACCAGUUACUGUACAACUGGAAACUAUUGUGUAUCAGGAAUUAUAAUCCGUUCUAAUGUUACCACAUCCUUAUGGUAUUAAUUGUCCUAGUUUUUCAAUUAUUUUUCUAUAACCCAAUGUAUCUAAGCUGCUUUUGUUCAUUUUUCACCAACAUUAAGAAAAUUUAGAGUUAACGGAGUAUUAACUCUAAAAAACCCUAGGUUUUUUUUCUCUCCCUUUCUGUUUAAUAAGCAUCUUUUUUAAGGUAUGAUUGGCUCUUUGUACAACUACUUGUCCUACAGGAUUGUGUGGAAUACUCAUAAUAUGAUUUAUAUUGUAAUAUGCAGAGAAUUGUUUCAUGUUAUAUUAUAUUACAUACAUAUGGUAGCAUUAUCAGUCUUAAUUUGUGAAGGUAUCCUCAUAUUGCCAUUAUUUUUAGGAAGUGUAUAAUUACACAAUCAGCCUUUUCAGAACUUGAAACAGUUGCCCAUUGAAAUCUUGAGUAUGUGUCAAUGGUAUGGUGUAUAUUCCUUUGUUUUGCAAAUUCUGCAAAAUGAACAAUGUCCAUCUGUCAGAUUUCAUUUUGUUUGGUAUACCAAAGGCUACUACCAGCAGGUAACAGAAUUUGGUUGAAUAGAGAACAUGUAGGAUUUUUUUUUUAAUUUCUUUGGCUUGUAAUCAAGUGAUAGAUUUUUUUUGUUGUUAAACCUUUCCUAUUAACAUAUUUCUCAUAAAAUGUGGAGGCUUUUCCCUGUUAGUAACUGGUCAAUUUCCUUAUUUCCUUGUGCCAAUGAAACUGGCAAACCUGUAUGAGACCAAAUAUGAAUGAUAUAUAAUGAAUAUUUUCUACUUCUGAUGGCCUGUUAUAAUUACAUAAAUAAAGAGAUUAAUUCUGAAUUA